AUGGCUUUCAAAACUAACCAAGACGAAAACGAAGAAAAAACACCAUACACAGUAGAACAACAAGAACAAGACGAUGAUGAUGACGACGAAGAAGAAGUUGAAGAACAAGUGUGGGACGAUUGGGAAGGAGAUGACGGAGAUUCAGACUCUGAUUUCAUCUGUCUCUUCUGUGAUUCCAAUUUCGAUUCAUGUAGCUCUUUGUUUCAACAUUGCACUUCGGUUCACCACUUCGAUUUUCAUGCUGUUACAAAUUCUCUGAACUUGGAUUUCUAUGCUUCCUUCAAGCUCAUUAACUAUAUUCGCUCAAAGGUAUCAGAGAAUAGUUGUUGGAGUUGUGGGUUAGCUUUCCAGUCCAAACAUGAUUUGCAGAAUCACUUGCAUGAUGUAAUUGACUUCAAUGCUAUUAAGCCUUUGUGGCAUGAUGAUAGAUAUCUAAAACCUUUCAUGCAAGAUGAUUCAUUGCUGUACAACUUUGGUGAAUUUGAAGAAGGUGAAGAUGAACAAACUUCAAUUAUGGAUGAAGAUCUUGUGAGUGAGUUGAAAUAUGCUUUAGAAACCAACAGUGUGGAUCAAGAUGCCUUUUCAGAUGAGCAUUCAAACUUGCCCAGCUCUUCAGCUAAGGAGCUUGUUAAUGGGAAGGAUUCAAGAGUAUGUAUGUCAUUGUCAUCCAUUGAUAAGGAUCGAGAAGAAGGGUCUUUGAUGGAUAACCCUCAUAAUCACAUUGCAACGCAUAUUAAGAAGGUUAAUGAAAGUUAUUUUGGGUCUUACAGCUCAUUUGGCAUUCAUCGAGAGAUGUUAAGUGAUAAGGCUAGAAUGGAUGCUUAUGGUCAAGCAAUUUCGAAGAAUCCCUCUCUCCUAAAUGGUGCCGUGGUUAUGGAUGUAGGUUGUGGAACUGGCAUACUCAGCCUUUUUGCAGCUCAGGCAGGGGCUUCGAGGGUCAUUGCAGUUGAGGCUAGUGCAAAAAUGGCAGCAGUUGCAUCUCGGGUUGCAAAAGAUAACAAUCUCUUGUCGAGUAAAAACGAAACUAGAGUCAAUGGCAACCAGAAAGGAGUUGUAGAAGUGGUUCAUGGCAUGGUUGAAGAAAUUGACAAAAUUGUUGAACUUCAACCUCACAGUGUUGAUGUAUUGUUAAGUGAAUGGAUGGGAUAUUGCUUGCUGUAUGAAUCCAUGCUUGGUUCAGUGCUUUAUGCACGUGACCGCUAUUUGAAGCCUGGGGGUGCCAUUCUUCCCGACACAGCAACUAUUUUUGUUGCUGGAUUUGGAAAAGGAGGUACAAGUCUUCCAUUUUGGGAGAACGUGUGUGAUUUUGACAUGUCUAGCAUUGGGGAGGAGCUUGUUACAGAUGCUGCCCGAUAUCCUAUAGUCGAUGUCAUAGACCACCAAGAUUUAGUUACCAGUUCUACUAUUCUUCAGACCUUUGACUUGGCUACCAUGAAGCCCGAUGAAGUGGAUUUCACCGCAACUGCUUCUUUGGAACCAAAAUCGAGCACUUCAUGUUGCUGGUGUUAUGGAGUUGUCCUAUGGUUUGAUACUGGAUUUACAACAAGAUUCUGCAAGGAAACUCCGGCCGUGCUAUCAACAUCCCCUUACACUCCAAAAACACAUUGGUCACAAACAAUCUUAACUUUCCGGGAACCUAUUGCCAUUGGAACGGGUGAAGAUAAUGCGAGAAAACCAGAAACAAUUGGCACUGAAGUCUACCCUGCUGCGAAGAUUGAUCUGCGUGUCAGCAUUGUCCGCUCAACUGAGCACCGCAGUAUUGACAUUUCCAUGGAAGCUGCUGGUGUAAGUUCUGAUGGCCGGAGACAUAGUUGGCCUGUUCAACUUAUUUCUCUGCAGUAG